AUGGCAAAUGCAACUAAAUCCUACAGAUGGAACGGGGGUAUCAAGGUGCUACCUGACCCCCAGGAGAAGAAUAACUGGACCUCCCCGGAAGUGAUAAAAUCUCGGAGAACUGGGCCACUCGGAGGAGGAAGAAGCAUAUGGAGAAGGUACUUAGUGACUUUAGCCGGGGAUUCCCUAGAGCUACAGGAGGCCCAUUUUAAGAAGACAAAACAAAGGGAGGGCGCAGGAUUCACCGUGGGAAAGUAG